UUGAUGAAUCAUGACCCGUCUCCCUCUUUGGAUGUUUGCUUUAGGGAAUUACUUCGUGAAGAGCAACGUCUUGUCACACAAAAUGCUUUCAAGAAAGAAAAUGACGUCACUGUUGCAUUUGCUGCUCAAGGUAAAGGAAAGGGCAGGGAUAUGAGUAGAACUCAAUGCUACAGUUGCAAGGAAUAUGGUCAUAUUGCUAGCAAUUGUAGCAAGAAGUUCUGUAAUUAUUGUAAACAACAAGGACACAUUAUCAAAGAGUGUCCCACGCGCCCUCAAAAUCGUAGGAUCAAUGCUUUUCAAGCUGGGAUAAAUGGUUCCACUAAUGAUAUCUCAUCUUCAGGACAAGUUCUUACUCCUGAAAUGGUACAACAAAUGAUCGCGUCAGCCUUUUCAGCAUUGGGAUUACAAGGAUCAGGUGUCGGGGACGAUAAUCGCGAAAGGGCCUAAAGUUGGACGAUUGUUUCCUAUACACUUUUCCAUUCCUCCUGUUCUAUCUUUUGCUUGUACUUCUACUGCUAGUAAGACUGAGAUUUGGCAUAAGCGUCUA